AUGGCUAAAGUACAGCCAGAACUGCCACUCGAUGCUGUUCAAUUGUCAGAAACAGCAAUACCAAUUGAAUCUACUUCAUUGUCGCCACCAAAAUCACCACGCCAAUUGCCAAAGCACCUGGCCGAUUUUAAACACUAUGUCGAUUCAAAAUGCUGCUAUCAUUCUGUAGCACUAGACUCAGCUGAACUUGCAGACGUACAACCAAAAGCUGCUUAUAGAUGUCAAAUGAAAACACUUAUGGAAUCUAGAGAUCUGGAUUGGACAAAGAAGGCUGCUUCUUGGCAACAUGAAACGGUACUCUUCAGCGAAACCUUGGGUCGAGCAUUCGAGGAUACCAAACGGCCUGGUAGACCCGUAGGUGAUAUUUGGGACGAUUACACAUUUGAUCUCCCUUCGUCUGACAGCAAAUCAACAGAUGAAAGACCCUUACCUGAAUGUAGCUAUUUGACCAGAUGCAGCGACUGUCGUGGAAAAGGUUUGGUGCAAUGUCAAAACUACGAAUGUAAAGGAAGCGGAAAGAUCACAUGCACUCGAUGCUAUGGCGAGGGGAAAGUAAGGACAAUAGACUAUAUAGAGUACUGUAAUUGUAGCAGUGGCAAGAUAAAUUGUCCGGAUUGUAAAGGUGGUGGCAAAAUACAUUGCUCGAAUUGCAAAGGCUAUGGCGGUUUCCGUCAUUCAGUUACUUUGAGAGUUAAAUGGCAUACGUGCAUCACGACAUUGUACUAUCAGAAUUCAUUUCUACCUGAAAAACGCAUGGAAAAAGCACAACGUGUUCUGUACUGGGCAAAUACACAAUUGCCGUGGUCUCAAAACUCAUCAAUUGACAAUUUUCUUCUUUCGCUUCGUGAAGACGAAGCACAUGAGAACAUUAACCUAAAGGCAAAUCUUACAAAACAGUAUCGGGAGAAACAUAUGAAACCAACAUCACGAGGUUCUGAGCGAAUGCGUAGAUUGAUCUGCACGAUAGAACGGUUGGAUUUUGAGGAAGUUCACUAUACUCUCGACGAAAAAUAUGUCAAUAAACGGGAUUCCACACUUGGAUAUUUCCCGUUUUCAAAAUCCGGCAAUGCCAUUGAAUUAGCGGUAGAAAUCUGCCAAGGACCUUCAUUAGAACUUACUAUUGCUCGUCUAUCUCAUCAUUGUAAAGAAUUUGUGAAUACGUGUCUAAAUAAGGAUGAAAAUCAACGACCAGCAUAUGAACAAUUGUUCGAAAAUCCAUUUGUACAACAAGCAAACGAGGUAUCGCAAGCUCAACAUUUCGUUUCUUAUUGCUCUAAUAUGAUUGAUCUUGUUGACAAGACUACGGAUACAUUUGAUCAAUAUGGUUUUCGCCCAUGA